UCUUUUCCAGUUGUGUCUGGCCUUUGAACCUUGUGUUCCCUAUUUACAAGAAGGGAGGAGCUUCUAUAUUCUCCAGAACGUUAAUGAAGCUCCAGUCAGAGGGCGAGUCCGUCUCAUCCGAGAGUCUUCCAGGGCCCACCACGGCCCCACAACCCAGCGUCCCAAACGAUAACCCAACACCCUCCUGUGCACCAACAGAAAAUACACCAAAGCAGGACCUGAGACCUUCGGCAGUUCUAGUCUAGGGUCCUCACUGUGUUACAAGGACAAGCAUGGCUGACAAACUGGGACUGGCGGGUGUGGUGGACGAGCCCAGCGCCCUGAACAUCUUCUCUCUGCUGGAGAGGGUGUCCGGGAUCAUAGACAAUGUGCAGGCGUGCCAGCAGCGCAUGGAGGAGAGGCAGCUGGAGCUGGAGAACGCUGUGAAGACCAUCCAGACAGAUGUGGUGAAGCUGACGAAGGAGCACACAGUAACGAGUGGCGCUGUGGAGAAACUCCUGGAGAAAACGCGCAAGGUCAGCUGCCACAUCAAGGAUGUCCGUGUGCGGGUGGAGAAGCAGAACGUACGUGUCAAGAAGGUGGAGGAAACCCAAGUCGAGCUGCUGAACAAGAACAAGUUCCGUGUCGUCAUCUACCAGGGAGAUAAUGAGGUCCCAGCUGUAGCUGGCUCCAAAGCUUCUCUGAAGGGAGCAGUGGGCGGAGACGCUCCCACAGACUCAGAUGCACCGGAGGCCCCGCUCCCAGACUCAGAUGAGGAAUACAUGGUCGUCGAGGAGGCCGACUCAUCUACUGCUGCCAAACUAAAGAAGACCGGCCUGAAGCGUAUCGAAAGCCUGAAGCAGACCUUCUCGCGUGAGAACAUGACUAAGACCAAAGAGAACCUGGGCACCAAGGUCAACAACCUGGGUCAGCGCAUAGUAUCGGCCGAUCGGCGUGAGAGAAUCCGCCAGUCCGGGGAACGGCUGAAACAGUCUGGGGAACGUUUCAAGGAAACCAUCACGAAAACCGUGCCAGCAAAGCUGAACCUGAAGAAGGAAAGGACGGUGGCUGAAGGUCAGGAAGGAGCAGAAGGGACCACGGAAGGAACGGCACCCGUCCCACCACCCAAGGGUCGCAAGCCAAGCCCUGACGUGGCCUACACUGAGCCGACGGAGAAACAAGAAGGUCCAGAGGAGGGCAAGGGCGAGGAAUCGGAAGUGCCGAUGUAUGAUAUGAAGCAGCUUUCUUAAAAGGCGAGUCUGACAGUCACAUUUGGGAAAGACUAAUGUACAGAUAUGAAUUAGAUUAUGGAGAACUUGAAGGUGGAAAGAUUGGGAAGAUCAGAGAUCUUGCUUCUGAGCAUAUGGAUCAGCGGAUUGUGCUAACAAUUGAAUGAGCGAAUUGAGGAAGUUGUACACUACAAACAAUAUUCGUAGAAAUUUUUUUCUUUUGAUUUUGUUGUUUACAUCUUUUACGGACUGCAGUAUGAAGGGUUAUGAAUGUUAAACCAAUGUACUGAGGUGACUAGGCUAUGGUUUUAAUUUAAAAUCAGCUAAAAUUAGGGUGCACUCAUUGUUUGUUUUUGU